UGCUGCUGCGGUGCAAAAAAUAUUCAGUUUGUUUUGCUACAUCCAUCCAUACAGACGGGAAGCACGGUGCGCUUGCGCAAAAUCGAUCAAAAGUAAAAUUUUGUUAACAUAAAGACGUAAAGUGGUUCUUACACAGCGCUACACUUAUUAUAACGGUAUCAGGAACAGUUGCAUAAGCAGAAAUAGCAAAGACUAAAAUUAAUUAACCGCAUAAAAUCAAUCAAUCAAUCAGUUACGCUGUUUACUACUGUCUACACACAAAAUAUGGCUAAAUUGUUGGAUCACUUUGUUGUGGUUCUACUGCUCAGCAUCAGCGCUGUCUCUUUGGUCUGGGGUCGUGCGACUAAGCUGGCAGAUAAUAGCAAACAAUUGUUGGUUUUCGGCAGCGGCAAGGAGACGAGUCCGCCAAAUUUUGUGCGCUUGGUCGUGAUGCGUCUCAUUUAUGGACUCGCCUCAACAAUGGGUCUGGAGGAGCGACUGGAAGAUGCCUUUAAUGGCGCUUUUGUGCCGCCCAAUGCUGAUGGUGGUCUCUUCAGUUUCGGCGGUUACGAUGACGAUGAUGAUGGUGGCGCGUUGGGUGCACUCUUCGAUGACAUCUAAAGCGCACCGAGUCAACGAAGUAACGGUGCAUGUGCCGAGUAUGCCGUGUAAUAAUUGAACUUUCGAAUCGCGUUUCAUUGGCGUACAUACAAACAUAUUUACACCUGCGCAUGUAUGUGUGUAUGUUGGGAAAAGUGUGCACGAAAAGAAAGAUAGAGUGACCAAAAAUAUCAAAUUAAUUUAUUUUAAUUUAAUUUAAAUUAUUUAUUUUAUAUAAAUGUACAAUAGUUGUUUAAUGAAUAGUCUGUAAGUAAAAAAGACACGUUAGGAAUUUUUUUUCACACACUAGUGUGAACAAAUUCUAGUUAUGAAAAAGUGUUACGAAAUUGACGAAAAAACCAAUAAAAAUACAUACAUACAUACAUACAUAUUAUUGAACCAAACGUGUCAUACAUUCUGCAAACUCAAAUAUUGAAAAACUUUCUACUCUGCAUGUGCGCACAAAUGUAUUUAUGUAUAUACAUAUACAUGUAUGUAUGUAUGUAUUUAUAUACGUACAAAUUUUGGUUUGUGACGAAUCGAAAAUUAAAUAUUAAUAAGCAAUUAACUGUUGCACGCACAGCACACAUGCAUACAAACAUUUAGCUUCCAGUAGAAACUAAGUUUAAAGAAGUCCACUAGGUGGCGCUAUAGACGAAAUAUUAUUAAUAAAUAUAUAUUUAGAUAUACAUACUAUAUAAUUACAUCGUAAGCGUGCGCUAGACGAUAUUACUUGUAUCAUAGUUUUGGUCAUUUAAUUAAAGCCGUUAAAAUUAUUUGCAUGCUGCAAGAAAAACUUAAAUUUUUAGAAGACCAACAUUUUAACGGGUAGUUGCAACGAGUGUUACAGAUAUCCACAGCGAACGAAUAUCUGUAACACCCCGAAAAGCGUUGGAGACUGUAUAAAAUAUAUACAGUAGCGAACAAAGGUCUACACACUCCCCAUAUUUUCGUGGUUCUGAAAAUAAAAAAAACUUUUUACAACAAGUAAGCAAUAUAUAGUUCGGAUAUAACUCGUAUAC